AAAGAAACGUCAUGAAAGACAAUGCCAGAACAGUCAGUGUUCAAAAUGUUCAAAGUAUGAAUGCCCUUUAACUAAACAUUCAGCAGAACACAGGGCUAAAUAUAAGGGAUCCUCUCUGCAUAAAAUUCAAAGUGCCAUCAAUGAAAGUCCCUCCCUGGAAAUGAACAUUGAAACUAAACACAUUCAGGUGGAAUAUACCAGCAGAAAUAAAAAUCUGAAGGUUAACAUCAAAGCUGGUGAGCAGGCGCAGAGCAAACCACUCAACAGGGAACAUGAAGAUACAUACUGGAGUGAAACAGAUUAUUCUGUUACAGAGGCACUGGGUAACACAGACUGUGAGUCAUUGCUUAGCUUUCAUGAAAAAGCAGAUUUUACAUUUCCAGAUGGAUAUACACUUCUUCCUCCACCUAAAGAAUUUGCUGACUGUGACAAAAUGCACCUGGAUACAAUUGCAGAAGGCAUAUCUUCAUACCCUGUUAAUAGCAGAAAGGAAUCUGACAGUCUCACUACAGCCUUGAGUAUUUGGGGGGAAGAAAAUUAUUUCUGUAAACUUAACACAGAGAACUAUGAAGACCAUACCAAUGAACAGGAAGAUUUUUCAAAGGAUAAAAUACUUUUCUCAAAAAUAAAUAAUACUAAUUGUCUCGUAGCUAUUAAUACCUUGCAUAAUCCAAACAAUGGGAAAGAAUGCGUUAAUAAGAGCAAUGUAUUACGUCAAGAAAGAAAUAACUGUGACAAACACAGAGAUAGAGGACCCAAAACAGCAAGAAGAAAGUCUUUCCCAGAUACUACCCUGGAGGCACCAUCACCAGUUCACCGUAGAAGGGAUUCUGGCUUUUACUCACUGCCGUCCUUAAAUGUAUUGCUUAAGGAGACCAAAGCAGAUGUCCAUAACAGGAACUCACAUAUUCCUAUGAAAUAUAAGGAACUUUUUAAGUGUCCUGACUUGACCUCCUCUCUGACAGAGCUUUGCAAGUAUCCUGACUUGACCUCCUCACUGAGAAAUUUGAGAAGUCUUAAGUCUUCAUAUCAGUAUGCUUUGACAUCAUUUGAUCGUAAUAUUACCAUUUAUCCAUCUGAGCCUGAAGAAGGUGUCUGUCUAGAUGGCACUUGUUUACUGAAAGACUGUGCAGACUGUGUGGGGCAAGAUGAAGAAACAGAAGAAACACUAAUGGAGAGUCUUCAUUCCAGAGGUACUACACCUGACAAAAGAGAAAAUGACCAUGAAGAGCCUCUGGGAAACCUAUCCAUGUGGGAAGAAGACUCAGAGUCUACUGAAGCUUUAGAUAAAGAGAAAUCAGAGUACAGCUCUGUAGAAAAGCAUGUUGAAUGGCAAAACAAAUCUCACCUGAUACAAGCCUCUACACUUUCUACAAGCCCUUCGGGUGAGUUCAUUAAUGAUAAAGGAAGUACUAAUUAUGCAUCUACAGAAAGCAUCCCAAUACAAUGUUCAGUUUUACAGUUAAAUGUUCACCCACCUUAUGCACAGUCUGAGGUUACAAAUAAAAGGAGAGACUCAGUACUGACUGACCCUCCAGUGAUAACCGGAGAAGUAGAAGCAAGACUUGUCCAAGGCAACACUACAUUGACACCUGAAUGUUUUGGCUCUGCAGUGAGGAAAGAAUCUAACCUUACCUGCAGUAUACAAGAAAAAUCCUUGCUGUCAUCCUUGUUAGAUCACAAAGAGAAUGACAUGAAUAAAGCAUUGGAAAGCCUUUCUGAGGUACAGUACGUAUCUGGAGAUGUCCUUGUUGAAUCUGAUUGCCGUAAUAAUUCAGCACAGAUCUUCGUAUUAUCUACCUCUUCAGUAUGCACAGAAAAUAAAGAGAAUUUUACAGAACAUUUAAACAUUAAGCAAAGAUUGGAGGACUUUUGCAGUAAACAGUCAACUGACAAUAGUUUAAGGAGAGAGCCUGGAGUAAAUCAACUACCUCUGUUAGUCAAGUCUAACUUUGAAGAAAUUGAAUCAAAUUUUGAAAUGAAAGAAGAUUAUUAUGAGACUGCAGAUAUGUCAUCAUCAGUAAGACAUAUUAGUCAGAAAGACUUGAAAUCAGAAAUGAAUAAAACAAGAAAAUUGCCUUUGAAGAAAGACGCCAGAGCAAGUGACAGUUCCCAGGAAGAUGCAAUAGAUCAGUGGGCCAGAAGACGGAAACAGUUCAAAGACAGCAAAAAGUGCAGUUCAACUGGAGGAAGCUCCAUAAACAGCACAAUCACUGAGGGAUCAAUAAAUUCAGAGGAUGCUCGAUCAGUAGAUCUGGGACUAUAUUCUGAAAAUGAGGACAGAGGUUUUUAUACAGAAAAUUUUCAUUCUGCUUCCUGGGUUUUCAGAGGAGAUGACGUCUCUCCAGAUAACAGUCCUAGAUGUCUCAGCAAAAGACCUAGACCAGUGGCAAUUCGAGAAAGAACAGUGAAGAUUGCAAAAGGAACUGGCAAUUACCCUUGGGGUUUCAGGAUCCAAUUCUCAAAGCCUAUCCUUGUGACUGAAGUUGACACAAAUAGUGCAGCUGAAGAAGCAGGGCUUCAAGUUGGGGAUAUUCUGAUAGCAGUAAAUGGAACUGAUGUCACCAGCAUGCCACAUUCAGAAGCUGCAAAUCUGGCAAGGAAAGGUCCUGAUAUCCUGACAAUGAUAGUGGGAUCAGACAUCAGCCGUUACCCCAACACCCCCAAACCUACUUGCCGAGGAUAUCUGCACAAGCGAACACAAUCAGCAAUACUGAAGGGCUGGAGAAAGAGGUGGUUUGUGCUGAAACAUAAUGGUUACCUACACUAUUACAAACACAAGAAGGAUGAAGGGAAGUGCAGACCCCUGGAAGUAACAAAGCUGGAAGGAGCAGAAAUUGGUGUCGACACAAGUCUGGGUAAACCAUUUGUUUUUAAAUGUAUACCUCAAGCUGGAAACAGGAUUUUCUACUUCUGUGCAACUUCCAAUCAAGAAAUGAAGAGGUGGCUGGAGGCUAUGGAUAAAGCAGUGCAUCCCAUCCAUCAGAACCAUGUGUGGGUAGAUGUCACACUGCAUAACACUACACUCCCACCACUGGCUAUCAAGAACCCCGAGUGCCUGGGACUUCUCCACCAGCUGGACAGGAGCAAAGAUGUCUGGAUUCAGCACUACUGCAUUCUGAAGGAUGGUUGUUUGUACUUUUAUGCCACUCUCCGGUCUACACCUGCCCAAGGUGGCCUUUACCUGCAGGGCUACAUUGUGAGUGAGCAGUCCCUGGGCUCCAAGAGAUCUGUCAUUGAACUCAAACCUCCAUCCGAAGAAUUUAAAACUUUUUACUUAUGUGCAGAGAAUGUAAAUGAAAACAAAAGGUGGAUUACAGCUUUGAAAGCUUCAAUUAAUAAAUGGUUACCCCUACACCAGGCAAUCCAAGAUUUCAUGAACAGACCACUGGAGGAGACAAGGAUGUGAGAAGAAAGCUCAGGUUUUCCCCUGUUUCUGUUCUGCAUUUACGAUUCCAUACUGUAUCUUUUGAGUCAUCUCAAGAGAUAUUCUAGCAGCAGUUAAUCUUUAGCAUUGCUAUACA